GCUUGAGCGGGUGAUGUUGGAUUCAGGAGACUGUACAGCCGAACAGGAGUCUGGGGAAAGGGCUAGAGAAGAUUUGAGGAGAACUGCCCGCUUCUUUUUGAAGAGAGGAAUAAACUGCAAUGUUGGUCUGAAGGAACGGCGCCCUGAUAAGUCUGCAAAACGGGACGCAGAGCCACACUAGAAUAUUUCAUUCAUUCAACAGCGGAGGAAGGUAAAGAGCGGUGAUUUCCCUCCAGUGGGUUCACAAUUUCUGCAACACGGAACUAUAAUAUCCAGCUCAGUUUUCCCAGAUGGAGGUUCAAUGCCUCGCACUGAAAGACCUCUCAAGUCCAAGCAGGAGUUCAACGGUGGAGCCCGAGGAGGAGGAGGAGGAUGGGCAUCGCGGUGAACAAAAGGAGAACAUGUGUGCAGAGAAGAGAAGAACGCCGCCAAAAUCUGCAGAGUCCACCGUUCCUAAUUAUCCGAUAAACAGAAAAGGUGCCCCCUCUGACCUCGUUCACAUUACCCCCAACAAACACACUACUCUGACCGAACCCUGGACACCAACGGCCAACCUGAAGAUGCUGAUAAGCGCGGCGAGCCCAGACAUCCGGGACAGAGAGAUGAAAAAGGUGCUGUUUAGACCAAUAGAGAAUGAUAAAGACAAACCGGCAAGCCCAGAUACUGUGGUGGAGGACAUGGAGGUGGAAGAUUCUGGUCAGUUUGAAGUGGCCGAUGAAGAGGAUGAUGCAGACAAAAAGCCGAGCAGAAAGCAGAAGAGUCUGGGUCUGCUUUGCCAGAAGUUUCUGGCCCUUUAUCCUGAUUACCCACCACUCCACAGCCACAUCGGGAUCUCACUGGAUGAAGUGGCAACCAAUCUGGGGGUGGAGCGACGGCGUAUCUACGACAUCGUUAAUGUGCUCGAGUCCCUCAUGAUUGUGGGCCGGAUAGCCAAAAACAGCUACACCUGGUACGGUCGCCAGCGGCUGGAAGCCACGCUGGAGGAGCUGCAGAAUAAGGGCCGACAGCAGGGCUACCACCUCCAGAUGGAGCUGGCCAACGAGGCCAGGGAAGCCGGACCGGGUCGAGAGGACGAUGGAGGGGAAGGAGAUGCUGGCAGCGCUGGCAGCAACAGGAAAGACAAAUCUCUGCGCAUCAUGAGCCAGAAGUUUGUCAUGCUUUUCCUGGUGUCCAAAACUCAAACUGUCACUCUGGACGCAGCGGCAAAGAUCCUCAUCGAGGAGAGUCAGGACUCGUCGAGUCACAGCAAGUACAAAACUAAGGUGCGGCGUCUGUACGAUAUUGCCAAUGUGCUGACGAGCCUGAACCUCAUAAAGAAGGUUCACGUCAGAGAGGAGAGGGGCAGGAAGCCGGCCUUCAAGUGGCUCGGCCCGGUUGAAUUCAGCAGCUCUGUAAAUCCUGGAAACACUUUGAAUGUAGCAGCCAUCACCCCACCUGAGCCCACACAGCCGCCGGCAGGCCAGGACCUCAGGAAAGCAAAAAUGGCGCGUCAUGCCUCCUUCAGCACCACGCCUACUUCUGUUACUGUCCAGCGGCAGGUCAGCUCCGCACCCAGCAGCCCGCGGCGGGAAGUAACGGGCCUGCAAAACCAGCCUGUGAAUUAUUCCAGAAAGACUACAAGCAUCAGCACAGCGAGUCUGCUGCAGUUUGGAAGUGGUGCUGACAACUGCCUCAGCACACCCCUGCAGACGCCCCUUCCCCCGUCCUCCACCCUUCUGGCGCCACACCUCCAGCCCGAGCACCUCUUUGCUGCUUCCCCUUCUUCCCAUUGCUUAGCAUACCUGCCCAGCCUGUCCCAGCCCUCUGUGGUCAUGCUGUACAGGGCGCCAGACCGGCCCAACCAGAUGCCUGAAGGUCAGACCUCACCUGGGUUGGAGACGAGGAAGAGGAAGAAGGAAGAACAGGAGGAGGAAGGACUCAAAAAGAAGGGAAAUUCUGCAUUAGAGAAAUGUGAAAAGACUCAAGCUGAAGCUGACGGGGAAUCAGCGGUGCGCUCGCAGGCUGGGAACACCGGGACUUCUCCCGGUCGAGCGGCAGGCCUCUCCGGACAGCAGGUGCUCAGCGAGAGUGUAGGUGGCAACACCAGCAGUGAGCACGCUCAGCCAUCGCACUACCUCUAUGUACCCAAUAAUGCAGGAAUAAAUGGCCUCAACUUCCUGCUCUCAGCUGGACAGCCAGCAGCCAGUCUAGCGCUUCCUCCCAGCAGUGUUCCCACCUUGGCACUGCCCUAUGUCCUGGUACCAUCUGCUGCCCUCUCCCACUACCCCCUGGUGGCCAGCAGUCUACAGCAGCAAGGCUCUGAUGCUCACACAAAACUGAGCUUCAGUCUGCCUGCCAUGAUGUCACCUGCACACUUCAUGGUAGGGGGGGCACCUUACAGCGUGACAGCAGCAUCGGAGAUCAGGGUGCCAGCUCCAUCGCCAUCCACUCCAGAACAGAGCGGGCGUUACAGGUCAGCAGCAGGCACGCCGCAUUCUCCCUCGGGACCGCGGCAGACUGUCGGCAUCAACACACCAGAACCACCGACGCCACAAACUCCAAAGGAAACCCCGGCAUCUUCCUCAGCGGCUUUCUUUCAGACCCCGGGCAAUCUGGGAAGUGUAGUCAGUGCUGCACCAGCUGCCCGAAAAAGAGGCUCAGCACAGAGGAGACUGGACGUUGGCCACCAUCCACCCAGCUGAGGAGAUGGGAGCUCAUGUUAAACGUGUUGUCUUUACACUUAAGGAUGCUGAUGGUUUUAAACCUUUGGUGCUUUUUUCUUAAUGACAAAUUAAGGGAUUCCUUCAAAAACACUGCAUUUCAAAGACCUUUCCGAGAGGAUGGAAUGUUUUCUUAGAAAAAGGAAAUCUCGGAGGGUCUCACAUUUUGCUAAUGUUAAUCUUUUUUUUUCUUUUUUUUUUUUUUUUUAAAUCAGUGUCACAUUGUGAAAUAUGACACUCACUCAUAACUGUCAAAAUAUCCUCAAGGUUAGAUAAUUUCAAAGCAAAGCAGUAUUACCAAUGUAACAGUGCCCUCCUGUGGUGGCAGUUGGUCACUGCUGCAUUUUAUAUUUCAGCCUUAAUUUCCCUCCAGGUAUGAUCAAGCUACCUAAUCCUAAUCAUUUGUUUUUUGUUUUUUAAUUUAGAGGAGAUAAAUAACCAGAAACCAUCUUUAAAUGUGACAGCUUUCACCACACAGGGCACAUUUUAAGCAUUAACUUCUCUGCAGGAGUAUCACAGGGCAGGAAGACGGGCGUGCAACAUGAUAUCGUUGAUGUCUGAAUCACUUUUUCAGGUUCUGUUUUACAAUUGUUACACCCCUGACAAAUAUUAACUAUUUGUGUAUUGUAGCUCAAUUGAUAUUUAUAUUUUAGCUAAUAUAUGUCGAUUACAGGGUCUGUAAUGAAA